UUAGUUCCUUCGCCUGUCCCAUGGACGAAUUAUAAUACUACUACUGUCUUUGCUUGCCUCGUUCAUUUAUUUUGACAUCUGAGGAGGAAGAGACGUGAUGUCGGCUCACAAGACCUUUAUUAUCAAGCGUAAGCUUGCCAAGAAACUGAAACAAAAUCGACCCAUUCCUCAAUGGGUUAGAAUGCGUACAGGAAACACCAUUCGAUACAAUGCCAAAAGGCGUCACUGGAGAAGAACUAAGCUUAAGCUGUAAGCUUUUAAUAUCGUUUAUUUAAGCUUAGAAAUACAUAUUCUGCAAAAUUACAUUUUCUUUUUCAUUGCUCACCUACAUAUUGUGAUUAUCAAUCAAGUGAUUUUCCACUUUAAAUCAAUCAAAAUUUACCCUAGAUAUAUAAUUAUUUGCAUGG